AUGGAGAAAGGUGGACACGACCACUUUGACGCAACACUGCAUGUCGUGGAGAAUAGACGAGGUUCGUCAUGGAGACAACUGGUCAAGUCCACGAUCAUACUUGGGGCUUUCUUUUGUUUGAUCAUCCCCUACGUCCGGGAUGCUCUAUUCAAGGAAAGACAGUCUGAAGCGGUGGAGGAUGCUAUCACCGCGUACAGACCUGGAAGCCCUGAGUUCGAUUGGUUCUCUUUAUCUCCCUCAGAUCAUAUCGAAUGGCAGUCAUGCCACUCGGAGUACAAAUGCGCCCGGCUGCUGCUUCCGUUGGAUUACCAAUCCCCUCCUGGUUUUGGGCCGAAGGCGACGAUUGCCCUGCAAAUGCUCCCCGCGACAGACAAGGAGAACUACAGGGGAACCAUCUUGAUCAACCCUGGUGGACCCGGCGGUUCGGGUACAUACGCUGUGAUGGAAUCUGGCAAGAACAUCUCCCGUAUCGUCGGCGGGUCGUACGAUAUCCUGGGCUUCGAUCCCCGAGGGACGGGGGCAAGUCUUCCUGGGCUGCACUGCUACGACUCAGAAGCUCAGUACCAGAUAUGGUGGCAGUCAAUCAGGAACACAUGGGUGAACCUCACUGAGGGCGCUAUCCCACUGAUGGUCGCGCGCGAGGACGCCGUGGGCCAGCUCUGCGAAAAGAAGAUUGGUGGCAAUGGAAGGGAAGAUGCCAAUGGCACGGCUGAAGAGUGGGGUCCUGGCAGGUUCGUCAGCACUGCCAGCGUCGCCACUGACAUGCUCAGAAUUACCGAGAAAUUGGGUGAAGAAAAGCUGAAGUACUGGGGCUUCAGCUAUGGGACUGUCCUAGGCCAGUAUUUCGCUGCGAUGUAUCCAGACAAGAUCGAGCGGAUGAUCAUCGACGGUGUCUUUGAUGCGUAUGAAUACGUCAAGACAUCCUACACAACAAACCUGGUGGACAACGAUGCCAUCAUCGAGGCCUUCUUCACCUUCUGUUACCAAGCAGGCCCGAAGAAGUGUCUCCUAUACGAGCCAUCACCCGCAGCCAUUAAAUCGCGCAUAGAAUCCAUCAUCGACAAGGUCGAGAACACACCUAUACCAGUCCCCUUCGCGGAGCACGGUCCGAUGAUAUUCUCGAAGAAGCUACUCUACGAGCUCACGUUCAUCAUGACCUACAAGCCCAUCCAAUUCUUCCCCGAUCUCGUCACCAUGCUCCUCGGCGCAGAACAGCACAACGGCACCGCUAUCUCCAUCGUCGUCAACAAGUUCCUCCCGGACUACGAAUGCACCUGCGCGCGGAAACAGCCCUGGCUCGAGUCCAACGAGGCGCUCAUGACAAUUGGGUGCGGCGACGGCGACGGGCUCACGUUCGAUCGCGACUACUACGACGCGUACCUGGCGAACAUGACGACACAGUCGCGUUUCGGCGGUCCGUUCUGGGCGAUGUACCAUGUCCGCUGCAGCCAGUGGCGCGUUCGACCGAAGUGGCGGUACACAGGCCCCUUUGCCGCGGCGAACACAUCGCAUCCGAUCCUCAUCGUCGAGCCGCGGUACGACGCGGUCUGCCCCCUCUCGGACGCGCGCAAGGUGCACAAGAGGUACGGCGGCGCUGGACUCCUCGUACAGAACUCGUACGGACAUUGCUCCGCGUCCGCGCCAUCGUUGUGCACGGCGCGGUAUAUUCGCGCGUACUUCGAGAACGGCACUUUGCCGGAGGAAGGGACGGAGUGCGAGGUGGAUGAGCUGCCUUUCAUCGGGCUCGUUGGCGACAAAGAAUACAACACUUUAUCUGCUAAAGACGCGGAACUGCUUGACGCCCUCAGAGGGUUGUCGAAAGCCAUGCCAGUUCUGACGCCAUGGCAUUAG